AUGUUUAUAUACGUAUUUACAGACCGGACUGUAGCAGCACAACUGGUGAUGGAAACUCAGCAGGUUCUUAGUCAAAUAACAUCCUUCCGUCAUUCUAUGGAGGAGCAAAAACGCAAAAUGUUGCAACUUAUCGAAACCUUGGAGCUAGCCAAACGAAAUUUCUCUCAUCAGCUGAAGGACGUUACUGUAGUGGAGGAUCUUAUGAGUUCGAUCUAG